CCCAAUGUCAUAAAAGACAAAUGACUCACAGGAAGGAGAGAAUUUGUUUUUCUGCAGUAGAAGAGCACUCAGUGAGGCAGAGCCACGCAGUGUAAUUCAGAUCCUGGGCUAUAGUCAGAGAAAUCUGGACCAUCCACAGGAGAUAGUCUUGGAGGUGCACUGCAGGCCUAAGAGUUUUGCUUUUCAUGUACAAUAAUACUCAGCAUGUUUUUAUUCUAUCACAUGCUGGCUGGAGCCUUUCUUCCAUUCCUCAUCCUUUCAGGAAAGUGGGUUUCAGCUGAGAACAUCAACUUUUACAAUGUGAGACCUCCACUAGACCCCACUCCAUUUCCAAACAGUUUUAAGUGCUUUACUUGUGAUAAUGCAGCGGACAAUUACAACUGUAACAGAUGGGCUGAAGAUAGAUGGUGUCCUGAAAGUACUCAGUACUGUUUGACAGUUCAUCUCUUCACAGACCAUGGGAAGAGCACAUCAGUCACCAAAAAAUGUGCUACCAGAGAAGAAUGCCAUUUUGUAGGCUGCCACCAUCACAGAGAAAGUGGCCACACAGAAUGCGUUUCUUGCUGCGAAGGCAUGAUUUGCAACGUAGAAAUACCAACCAAUCACACCAAUGCAGUAUUUGCUGUAUUGCACGCCCGGAGAACAUCGGCUGGCAGCAGGAGGACAGUCAACGUUGCAGUGCUUGUGUUGGUCGUGAUGAUGGUGUUGUCAUGAUGCCAGCGCCCUCCCGUUACAUCUGCUCGAUCCUGGGGCCACAAGGACCUCGAAGAAGACUGUUGCAUUAUGUGCAGGGAGAAAUCACUGAUACUUCUUAAUUACAGAAAAUGUAAGGGAAAGUGGAAAGACAAGUGUACAUCAUGAAGCCCUUGGAUAUUUUAGUGAAGAUACUUCAUAUGGCCUGCAGUAUUUAAAAAAAAAAAAAAAAAUGCACACAACCCACUGACCAGGCAGUGGAGUGAACUCAAGUUAUUAUCAUUCAUUAUUUUAUGAUGAAAAUGCACAUAUGCUUUCUAUUUUCUGAACAGAGAAACGUGUCUGUAGACAAUCACUUUCCCAGGUGAGGUAAAAAGGAACUUUCGAUGGACAGUGAGCCAACAGGUACCUCAGUGGAAACUGUUUUUAAACUGUUUUUCAUUGUGCAUAAAUAACACGGAGUUUCUUGUCUUGAUCAACAGGUGUAUUUAAGCUUAUCUUUAGUUAUGGUUUUCAUAGAGAACAUAUAUGAAAGAUUAUUUUUUUUUCUGUUUUGAUCAGAGCUAUCAUUUUUAUUGGAAAUCAUACAAGUUAAUACUUAUAUUUUCUGUAAAAUGUUGUCUCACACUCAGAUUUUAAACCUGUGUAAAAUGAUGGAGAAUUUCUGUCUAAAAAUACUCAACUGUUGGAACACCUAAAUCAGAAUUCCUUCACCCCCUCCGGCCUCAAAGGGAUUAUUUUCUUGCAAUGAAAUUGCAGUUAAGGUCAAGCAUCUACGUUAUCAUAAAAAUUGUAAGUGGGCAACUGGUGUAAAUAAGGAGAGAAGUCUACUGUGUUCUCUCUUGAAUUGCAAAAGUUUCUUCCAGAAAUAAUAUUGUCCUUGAUGAAUCUUCGCAGGCCUCUGGACACCAUUGUUAGGCAGCUUUGCCACCCCCGUUGUUUGAAAAGUUUGGGCCAAGAUUCUGUUUUUCAUUACAGUAUUGGGGGGUUUAAUGAGGUUUAUUUGCAUAGUUUGAUUAUAUGACUCCUUAUCUUUUAGAUGACAAAUAAUAGAGAUUAGAUUACAGUUAGAUGUACUAAAACCUUCCUUGUUUUCCUGUGUAAACCUUGGGAUGCAGACCAGCAUAAAUAAGCUGCUUCUGUGAACUUCUGACCCAUCUAAUGCCAAACAGUGCUUUCCAGGGCUCCGACAGAUCGAGCUGGUAUAGACUGACCUAAACACAGUCUUUGAUAGGUCAGACUUAGUGUCUGUGUUGGUAACAUCAUUAAUGCAGACGCCCUGAUGGUAGGGACCAGCAGGUACUGAUGCUACGUGAUUUCUCAGUACGGCUUUAUGUGACACAAAAUCCUAACAAAUUUCAGCUGCUCCUGUUUGCCCAGUUGUGUUUCUUCCAACUCCCCACCAUUUUCAUAAACUUUACCUGACAGCCUAAGGUAUUGCAGCACCGCUAAGGGUCUGACCUAGCAAGGCUGAAGAAUUGCAUUUCACUUUUUUUUUUCUUCUAAACUACUUUAUUCAUUUAUGAAUAAUACUGAUUUGAUUCCAAAUAAGAUAGAUUGUUCUGAUCUUUUUCUAGUGGCUUUUUCUCAUCUUAAUUGAGAUGGUUAAAAUUACGAUUAACUGUUGAAAUAUUUUUUAGAAAGGAUGGAUCAUUAAAACUUACUCUUAGAAAGAGAUUCAAAACUGUUCUCUGAAAAAUUCAAGUAACUAUAAAUUGGGAUUUUUUUUACAUAAAUGUUGACUUAAUAAUGUGCUAUUUUAUGUCACUAGAUGUAUUUAGACUAGCAGUUGAAAAACGGAUUUUGAAAUGUUUUGAGUUUUGUUUACAUUCUAAAAUUGCCCACGCAAUGUUUUUAGAGUAUAUAAAUACGUCUAAAAGUCAGUCUGUGAUUUGUUGACAGGCAAUUGCAUAGUUACAAAAAUUGGAUGGAAACACUUUUUCCUUGCCAACACAAAAUAGUUCUUGCUGUCUAAGUGAAGGUUUUCCAAGCUCUGGGUUCCAGUGACCAUUGCUGUGCCAUGCAACAGGCCAAGAUGCUGCGGAUGUUUUAAGGAGAUUUUUACUUUGUUCGGUGAUCAUCCCUAGGUAACAUAUCUAUAGUAUUCAUCUUCCUGUCGGACAUAGUAACAAGCACAUUUAAUGUUUUUCAUCAUUAAACAUCAUCUUUUUGCUACAUGAUCUACAGAGUACUUGAACUUUUUUCUUGGGGGAAAAUCAUUCCAGGUGUGCUCUCUGCUCAACGGGGAAUUCCUUAGUAAAGUAGAAGCAAGUUGUCUUCCACGUUUCAGGUCAUGGUUUUGUUUCCUGGUUUUGCCUCUAAGGACUAGGUGCUCCCAUAAUUCAGUUUCUGGGAAUAAUUAUUGCAAUCUUAACAAGGCCUUAAAGUGCCCUAUAGUCUUAUAUGAGUUUACUGUAAAUAAUUUACAAUAAUCUAAGUGUUGACAUUUGUUUACACUGCAAAUGUCAUUCCAGAGCUUUUGAGAGUGCCAAGGAGACCCUGGAGAGCUGCCCAGAGGGAGGGCUGAGGCACAGAAAUGUGCGCUGCAGGUUCUCUGCAGCUGCCAAAAGACUUUUUGAGAGGGGAGAUCGCCGUGUGUUUGUUUGUUUUUCUUGGUUC